AUGCGCGCAGCCCAUAACCGACGAGCAGCUACGCACCCGAACGGCGACAACGACAACAACGGACCAGCGGAUGCCUACCUGCAACUGGGCAAACGUCACUUGACGGUAUUCGAGGAACAAGAGAUCUGCAGCGCACCGCUACCGACGCGUCGACAUAACGCUCUGUCCCCGACGCUGCAGCUACGGCACGACGAGGUCGAGGCCUUUCGCAACUUGGCGCACCGUAUCGUCGCGAGCACGUUGAUGCAAGAGCGGGACUUCCGGCACUUGGGGUGCCGCGAACCCGAUGAGAAGCAGUGGAAACUGCUCAAGCGACGCGAAGACCUGAGCGUCUGGAAGCACGUGCCACGCCACAAGCCUCUCGACAAGUCGAGCAGUGCCUCGUGCAACGUCCGGUGCUCGGGUACGCUCGAAGGCAGUAUGGACGACAUGCUGUAUGGCACGCACUCGAAAACGCGCGACGAGAUGCACGCGACCGCAGCCUAUUUGCACAGUAGCCACAUGGACUGUGCCGUGCUCAAUGUCCUGGACCGCGGCUCGACCGAAGACCCGUUCAGGCAACUAGCGCUCAAGUGGUCGGUCGCCGAAGCCUUUGGCGACGCGCGGCUGGUAAACCACCGCGACUGGUUCAACAUCGAGUCCACGGGCACGGGCGUUGAUGUCUCUGGCCAGCGGUAUGGCUACUUCCUCGCGCACCACGUCGACCACGCCGGGUGCCCGCCCAUGCCGGACCACAGCGACGUGAUAAGGGGCAAGAUGGCCAUGUGCUGCAUCUACCGCCAAGACGCCGGCUCGAAGGUCGUCCACGUGUACGCACGCGGAUCGAUUGAUCUAGGGGGCGGCCUGCCGGCGUUCAUCACGAGCAGUGCAUCCUGUGCCAUGAUGUUUUCCAUGGCCGUGUCCAUGGACAGCGCAGCCGGCAAACGGCUGACAAAGCUCGCGCUUCUUCGGCUUGCCGAGCGAGCCAAGGAGCGAGACGAGGGCCAUACCGAGACAGAGGUCCAGGCGGACUUUGGACGGUCGCACGCGGGGCUCACCACGAGCUCCGUGAGGGACUUCUUGUCGGCGUCAAUGGUCUCGUCGUCAAUGGUCUCGUCGUCGACGUACUUUGCUGCUGAUGCCAAGAACAGGUCGCCAGGACCCCUACAGCCACCACCGCCAUCACGGGUGUCCCGCAACCCAUGUCAUGUCUGCGACAAGAAGCCGACGACGCUAACGCUCGUUCGACCGGCGUACCGGCAGUGCGGUAUCUGCCGCGAACGCGCGUGUAGCAAAUGCAAUGUCAAGCGAAAGCUGUUUGGUCGAAGAGGUCCAGUGACGGUCAUGUGCUGCAAGAUCUGCAUCCUCCAGUCGAAGCGCUUGAGCAUCGAUCCUCGAGAGCCGUGUCCGAUACUUCCGUAG